CAGGACUCGACGCGUCAAAGAAAGGAACGCGUCUGAGUUGGGCAAUAUCCAACAGGGGAUGGUACCAGACCUUGAUGACACUCAGCGGACAGUCAUCCUCAUCCCGUAUGAGGAGGAAGCAGAUGUGGAUACCCCGGCUCUCUUGCCGUCGCCGGUCUUUGAGCAUGAUCUGUCCACCGGUCCACAGCUGCGCCUAUCCGCUUACAAAUACGCAUGGCGGCUCUGCCUGGAUCGAAUGAAGGAAGUGAUCAACGAACUGUAUCAAUCCGUCGUUUCAGACGUAGUGGAUUGCUUAAAUGGUGUCCAUGAAGAUGUCCUGCCUGGGCUGCCGGUCAAAGAGAUACCGGUUGUGACCAUCGCUGAUUCACACGGUGGCUCGGUGUUUCUUGAUCAACUGAGCGAGCGAUUGGACUUGACGCUUGUGAACCAUUUGUAUCCGAACGACUGCCUCACUGUGAUGAGUGGCAUGAAAAGUCUUAUCGCGGGAUUUGUGGACAGGGAUGAAGGCACGCCUAUCUUCUUGCACAAUUGGUAUUUUUUCACGACGGUAUCAGCAGAUGCUCCCAGGAGGCGGUCGGCCUCGUCAUUGGCGCCGUAUGACAUUGAGCUGCUUCAAGCAUGGUAUGAUGCACAAGAAGAUUCUCAGAGUCUCGUUGUUUUGCUCCACGACUUUGAGCAGUUCGAUGCCAACGUCGUGCAAGAUAUGAUUUACAUUUGCAGCUUGCAUUCGUCGACCAUGAAGAUGGCAUUCGUACUCUCAAUGUCAACUCCGUCGCCAUCUUCCUAUCUUCAAGCAGCCUUUUCGCGAUCAACACUGACCCUUUUGCGUCCGUAUCAUUUUGCGGGCCCAGCAGGGAUCGAUACGAUGAACCAGAUUCUCCUCAAGGUGUUCUUUCACUUUCCAACGGAUCUUGUCGUUCUUCCUGGUCCCAGUUUACUCGAGUUUGCCGAGAACUACUACAAGACGUACAAUCCCUCGUUAGACGUGCUAACCAGCAUCUUCCAGAUCGCUCAUCUCAAACACUUUGCUAUCGAUUCAAUGUCCUUUUUGUCGACUAGCACACCACCCUUGGCAGAAGCUGAGCAGAAAAUCAUCGAACAAGUGGUUGCGCGGCUCGAUCCUGAUGGCGACCCGAAACAGGACUCGCAGGGGGUCCUUUCACAGUUGAUCGAUGCUACUCGCGACUCUUUCUGGCGCGGGGCUCGAGAUAUUCGACUGGGCAUGACGCUUCUGGGUCUGAUCAUGCAGUUCUUGCGACACCACGAGCGCAGCCGGGACAAAGUGCUCAACAAGUGGCGCAGUGCUAGUGCAGUCAGCCGUCGCCUGGAUGAUAAUCCCGUUUCUGGACUAGCAGAGUUUUUGCGGAAACUGAGUGCAAGUGAUCUCGAUGGCAUACUGGGCUCGUGGCACUCCUACUUUUAUCACAUGUCAAGCACCUCUGCCUCACUAGCAGAUUUCCUGCCUGCUCGCAAGAAGAUUAUCCACUUUCGCAGCAGCAAGAGCAAGAAUCUGACUGUCGAAAGCGCCGGCUGGAUGGAGUCAUAUCUUGAUAGUCUCUUGCAGCCAUUCGAGAAAUCCUCGAGACUUUGGAAUGUCUGGUACACUGGCCAAGCACCGUUCCCGUCGGAUCUGCUCCAGCUACUGAAUCCUGCAAUCCGACCGUCCAUUUUCUCUGCGCUUUCGUUUCCUUAUGCGUACACAUCAUUGCCGGAAGACGAAUACCCCGAUGAUCAGUCAGAAGCCAGCGCCGAAUUCAUCGACGUGAGCGUGCUGUUCAAGGGCUACGUCAAAGCAAGCAAGAUGGUCAAUGUGUACGACUGGUUCGACCACUUCCGGGUCACCGCUGAAUCGCAACGGUCAAAUGCAUUGGCUGGAUCGUCGCCAAAAAAGAGGAGGAGCAAGAAAGAGCCGGACGAACAGUGGAAAUUGACUGUCCAGGCCCGUUUCAUGCGUGGCCUUCAUGAAUUAGAUUACAUCGGUUUACUGAAGCAUACCAGCCGGGGUGGUGCCGGUCGAAAAGGAGAGCAUAUUAUGAGGACCGCGUUGAACAUUGUCGAACUGUCAUGUGCAGCUGCCCAGUCACACGUAAUCAAACUUGCUUUUGGCGUCGCUCGCCAGACCGUCCUCAAGACAACGAUGGUCAAUCUCCGCUCUCAAAAACGGCUCGCCGCCUCCGUCAAGGGCGUUGGUCAUCGUAAAAUUUGGCUGAACCCCGCGGAGCAGUCCGAGAUCGCCAGCGCCAACUCGCGCUCCCACAUCAAGAAGCUGAUCAAAGAGGGCGACAUUAUUAUCAAGCCGACCACGAUCCACUCGCGCGCACGCACGCGGGCACUGCUCGCUGCAAAGAGGAAGGGUCGUCAUACUGGCCCGGGUAAGAGGAAGGGUACUGCGGAGGCUCGUAUGCCGACGAAGGUGUUGUGGAUGCGGAGACAGCGUGUGCUCAGGCGGUUGCUGCGCAAGUACAGAGAGGCAGGAAAGAUCGACAAGCACCUGUACCACUCUCUGUACCAGAAGUCCAAGGGUAACGUUUUCAAGAACAAGCGUGUGUUGAUGGAGUACAUCCACAAAGCCAAAGCCGAGAAGAGCCGUACCAAGGUCCUUACCGACCAGAUGGAGGCCCGCCGUGUCAAAAACAAGGCUGCGCGCGAACGUCGUGCUGCUCGUAUCACCGAGAAGCGAUCUGCGUUCUUGGCCGUGGAGGAGGGUGCCGUCAAGGAGUAAAUCUACUUAUGUCGUGUCUCCCCAUGUUCCAUUAUGCCAUCAUGCCUCUUUUGCACACAUAUACUGCUCGCACAGAUCCGUCCGGAUAUUAUUGAUCAUGGGCACUGCUUGGUUUUC